UUCUUUUAUUUAUUUAUUUUUUCAUAUAAAUAAAUUCAAAGACAGACAGGGAAGAUUCAGCUCAGCUCACAGAAUUCAUUCCAUGCCAUGGCUAGAAACCUGAGUUUCUGCUUCACCAAGAUCAAAUCUCCGCCGUCGUCUCAGGCAAAUCUCAGCCGUCCAUUCUCCACCCACGUCAACAACUUCAACUGCCUCUACCAGACCACCACCAACCACAACGUCUACGAUUCCGACGACGACGAAACCGCCUCCGCCUCCGCCUCCGCCGCGCCGGACUUGGCCACCGCCUUCGCUUCCCGGCGUUUCUUCUUCGCCUCCCCCGGCCGAUCCAACUCUAUAAUCGAUUCCUCCUCCGCCUCAACCUCCACCAGCUCGCUCAACCACCACGCCGAAAACGACGCCGCCGUCGUCUCUAGCGGCAGCGUCGCCGUCCCUACCUACUCUCCCGAUCCAUACCUCGACUUCCGCCGAUCCAUGGAGGAAAUGGUGGAGGCGCGGCGGAUCCACGACGUGCGUGAGGAUUGGGACGAUCUGCAUCAGUUGCUAAUGUGCUAUUUGUCGAUAAACCCUAAGAGCGCGCACAAAUUCAUCAUCGGAGCUUUCGCCGACCUCCUCGUCAGUCUCAUGACCGCAUCUCACCGGAAAACACCAAUCCGCGACGGCGAACGGAAGAUUUCGCGGUAAUCCGGUAAAUAAACGCAAUCUAAGUACUAUUACUGCUUUCCGUCGUCCUCAUCGAUGAUUUCCAGUAAUUUUUGCUAAAAUUAGGGCAAAAUGUGUGGGGAACCAAAUGCUAUCCGUACUGAAGAUGAAUUUUACCUGAUUUAUGCUCCAUGCUUUAUUUUGCUUACUAUAAACUCCAUAGACAUUUCAGAAGAUAAAUGUGUCUUUGAAAUUACCUUUUCCCCUGCAAAAUCAUUCUGGCAUCCAUGAAAAGCAAUCAGACUGUUUUUCUUGUUUUUCAUCCAUCUCUGAUCUGGCAACUGCAUUCAAAGGAAUCCCUGACAUGAAAAAAAAAAAACAGUAAAACUAUGGCCUACACACACACA